AUGGCCAAUAAGAACCCCCAAUUGUGGUACCUCCAUGCACGUCCGCUGGAGGCAAGUGUUGCGGCCUGUGAGGCCCUGAAACUGCAGCUACGAAAGGAGAUUCGCGAGGUCGUCACUUCCGAAAGCGACGCGGUGCUGAAGGCGCUGACCGGAAAGGUCAGCCAAGAGGAGCAGGAACGCGUGUCAUCGAUGACGGCUGUCCGGAAGGACCUCAACGAGCUCCGCGACGCCUUGAAUCACAACCCGCGGGAGGUUUCGGCCAUUGAAGGCCGAGGUGCCGGACGGCCCGACGGACCAACGGAAGUGGGCCUCUGUUUCGCCGGCACGGAUUACGCGGUCGCCCUUCGCCAUCACAGGCGUAAGUGGAAUGGACAGUUUGCCAAGAAGAAAAGACAUGUGUCGGAGGAAGUUUGCAAGCCCUUCGGCAGCAGUGGCAGCGAAGCUGCCAUGCAAUCCUUGUUUGUUCAAACAGGGGAAGCUGCAAAAUGUGUUCCAAUGCUUGGAAUGCUGGAUGGACCAAGUAGUGUGGGUCAUUUGGCUGUGGGUCGAAAGUUGGGUACUUCCAAGACUGGAUGA